GUUUCCCCCUCUCAUUUUCUUCCCUCCUAUGUUUGUAUGACGACAGGAAAUCAGUUUCAAAUUUCGUCUCUUCACUGUGCCCAGCGGUAUACACGGAUUAUCCUUUUGUUCCUUUUUUCAUGUUGUUGGUUCAACGCUGGUCAGACUCCGAGUUGUGGAAACGCUUGCGGCAUACUCUGUACUCCGGACACUUUGACUCGGAAGUGCUGGACAGGCCAUCAUGUUCAGCAGCCAAGUCAAUGGGCAUGUGAAUGACAGACAACAUUCAAUGUCCAACAGCCACCUCCGCUCCUCUCAACAACGAGCCAGAAGCUGAAUUUGUCUUCUGUCUGCAGGAUAGUUAUUGUUGAGCCUGUACUUCACAUCUUUGUUCUGAGAACCAAGUGCCUCAAACACCUUGGCCUGUUAUGAACAGGUUCUAUACAGAUCGCGCACGACAAUGCCAUUGUUGCUCACGACCUGUACCCGCCCCAUUUCUGCUAUUUAUUAUGAGACUCUCUUCAAAAUACCCCCAUCGUUCUACAUUGGCAAGUUCGUCUUCACCAUAACUCCUCCCAAUACCAUUCUUCCAACUUGGCGCUUCCUCCCUCGGUACUUUUCCCUUGCAACAUCCACCAUGUGCUACAUCACCAAGAACGUCUACACUGUGUGUGCCCACACCAGAAUGGGAGGACUUGUCGAGUGCGAGCAUCAGAAAGCUAGGAACGAGCGAUGGGAAGACGGCAGUUUCUGUCUUACUCUCCUGAGCUGCCGGCCUGUUGAGCAAACCAAACUCAAGUAUUGGUUCUGCGACGGCUGCCGCGAGCACUACGACGGUUGUGAUACGAUGACGGUGGAAGCCGUUUUGAACUACUGGGCCUUCAAAAACGCUCAUGGCUAUUCGUCCAGCGUUUCUCCCAAGCUCAUCGCCGCCGAGUCGGUCUUUGGGAGCAGAGCUCCUGCCCGCAAGGACGACCCUAAACACCCCCGGCGUGAGCUGAUGGCUCUUGGUAAAGUGCUCCCCCGGAAGCCGUUCGAGACGCCGGUUGCCUGGCUGCAACGGCUCGAGGAAGCCAGAACACUGACGCUUGAACUGGCCGCGAAGUGGUCGGCAGUUGUCGGCCACCAGCGUCAACGCCGCGAACGUAUUGGUGAGCGUGUCGUCCACAUGCAGCCGCGGAUAUCGACGCCCAUGUCCGUCUACCCAUAUGCCCAUGCCCUCAGCUCAAUUACCGAGCUGAUGCAGCACUGCCAGACCAACGACGGCAAGUUUACAGGUGUCUCCUUGAACGAGGCACCCACAAAACACGAGACGGAGGAGUUUGACCAGCCCAAUAUGACGAGCCAUUUCUCCGUUUCCGACAUCGACCCGGACGAGGCGGCAGCGCUGGCUAGAGUAGACGCCGUCAGUCCGAUUUCGGUCGAGGUCGCCAUGGACAAGAUGAAGACGAGCUCUCGCGUAUCGGAGACUAGGCUUCCGGAGGAGCACGAGACUGCUCCUGUUACAGUGCUCGAAAUAGUCGCUCCCCAGCCCAGGCGUAGCGCCUCCCCGCCUCGCUUCGUUCAGGAAUAUGGCGGCGCUGCGACGGAGGAUAGAUCCCUGGUCGACGACGCAUCCACCGGCGGCACUCCCUCUCAAAAACAGAGCCCAAGCCCCGCCGGGACCGAAAACGUUCUCGGAUCGCAGGCAUGUUCGCUUUGCGGCAUGUCGUUUCUCACCGUCCAGGAGCAGAAGGACCACUUGAAGACCGACGUCCAUUACUACAACCUCAAGCAAAAGCUGAACGGCCUCCGACCCGUCUCUGAAGCCGAGUUCGAGAAGCUUGUCAACGAGAACGAUGUGAGCAUCUCGGGAUCCGACACGUCUGACAGCGACGAGGACGAGGACGAGUCUUCGCGGCGAGAAACCACGAUCUCAGCCUUGCUCAAGAAGCAAGCGUCGCUUGCCGAUAGCCGAGGGCCAAACGGUGGCGACAAGGAGGAAGAGCCAAAAGCGAAGAGGAGAGGGACAGGGAAACCGCCAUUGUUGUGGUUCAGCUGCCCAUUAUUGCCGGAAAAUACCUAUUUUGGGAUAUACCGGGCAAUGUUCACAGCGGACGAAUUAGACCGGGAGGAUGCAAUCAUCGACGCUAUCAAGCAGCGACAGCUUCCGCCAAUAUCCAUGCCCAAGGCUGCCAAGGAUGGGAAUACUGUACCGCCGGUCUAUAACGGCAGGCAUAUCUUUCUUUGCAUGAUUGGAGGUGGCCACUUUGCCGCCAUGGUGGUCUGCCUGGCCCCAAAGCAGAGCAAGCAAGGCUCGAUUGGGCCACUCAACAGGGAGGCUGUCGUUUUGGCACACAAGACCUUCCACCGAUACACAACCCGACGGAAACAGGGCGGCUCGCAGUCUGCAAAUGACAACGCCAAGGGAACUGCGCACUCAGCCGGAUCUUCACUGCGUCGGUACAACGAACAGGCCCUCGUAGAGGACGUCCGGGAGCUUCUCAAGGAUUGGAAGGCCUUGAUUGAUACCUCCGACCUGCUCUUCAUUCGAGCCACGGGCUCGACAAACCGACGAACUUUGUUUGGACCAUACGACGACCAGGUCCUGCGGCCCAACGAUCCGCGCAUCAGGGGCUUUCCCUUCAGCACCCGGAGAGCUACCCAGAACGAGCUCAUGCGGUCUUUUAUUGAAUUGACCCGGCUCAAAGUGAAGGAGAUUCAACCCGAAGCAGCCUCCGUGCCCAACGACGAAUCCAAAACCCCUAAGACAAAGGUCGAUUCCAAAACCGCACCUCCCAAGCUCACAGAGGAAGAAGAGGCCGCCAUAUUCCACACCUCCCAGAUCCAAGCCAUGAUCCGGCGCUCCAAACUCCCUGCCCUCCUCUCCUACCUCACCACAAAUAGCCUCUCCGCCAAUUUCCUCUUCCAACCCCCCGACUCGCAACAGAACCACCACGCACCCACCGCCCUGCACCUCGCGGCCUCCCAGAACUCGGCCCCGCUCGUCACAGGUCUCCUCGCCCGCGCCCAAGCCGACCCAACCAUCCUGAGCAGCGAAAACAAGACGCCCUUUGAUCUCGCCGGCGACCGCGCCACGCGCGACGCAUUCCGCGUCGCGCGCGCCGAGCUGGGCGAAGAGGCGUGGGACUGGGACGCCGCGAGGGUGCCCGCGCCGCUGAAGCGGGAGGAGGCGGAACAGCGGGCCGAGAGGGAGCGCAGAGCGCUGGAGCGGGAGGAGGAGGCCAGGAGGAGGGCUGAGGAGGAGAGGUUGAGGGCUGAGGGGCCUAGGUUGGAUGAUAGUAAUAGUAACAAUGCUGGUGGGAGGAGGAAGAAGGGGGGGAAUCUGUUGGGUGGUGGGGGGCCGCCUAAGACGGCGGAGGAGAGGAGGGCGGAAGAGGCCAGGGGGUUGACGCCUGAGCAGAGGAUGAGGUUGGAGCGGGAGCGGAGGGCUAGGGCGGCGGAGGAGAGGAUUAGGAGGUUGCAGCAGGGGGGUGCGUGAUGGCGGCAGUUAGUUAGGAUCUGUAUGUAGGCCUCAGCCUGACUGAGAGAGCAGAGUCCGAGGGAACUAGCUAAGCCACCUGCCGGCCUCGAUUACAUGUCUCGAUAGCCUACACAGUAGCUAAUACAGUCAAAAGAUU